UCACUCCGUUAUCGAUGUUGUGUUUGUAGUAUUUUCAAUAUUGCAUGUUCAGAAGUUACGAAGUGUCAAAAUCUUCCCCGAGUCAGGGUCGUGUGGGAUGUGGACUUGUUGUUAGUUAUUAAAGAAACUUUUACAAAAACUGCAAAUGUACAAUUAUAAACACUUCUAGUAUUAAUGUUUUUGACUGUGGUAUGUGUAUUUAUUGAACAUUCUAAAUGUGUUGUGUCUACAGUGAGAAUUAUCAAGUAGUGGAUGACGUGGCGUGAUUUAUAUUAAAUAACACUUUGUUUUUUCAUUUAAUUACCUUAUAUUAUUUGUAUAUAUUAGCAGGAAUUGCCACUCUUAGUGUUAAAUAUUAUAUGAAUUUGAUUAAAUAUGAAUCCCAAUUAUAUGGCUCCCCCAAUGAGGACUAAUGCUUUGCAUAACCCUUUAUUGUCAAAUACUGCACCACCAAACUUAAACACCAGUGAAGGCAUGGCCAAUAAUGUAAAUGCUGCCAUGAACCAAUUGUCAAAUAUGUCCAUACACAAUCCAUAUGAAAAAAAUAUCAAUUUGCCAAGAGAUCAUAAUGUUAUGAAUGGGCAAAUGGGUAACAAACCAGAAAGUACAAAUAUGGUGUCUAACUGUCCACCACAUAUACCCACAUCUUCAGUUCCAGCAGUAUUGAAUGGAAACUUUAUUAAUGCUAAUGUGAAUUCUGAAAAGUACUUAUUACCACAACAGCCUUUACCAAAUCAGCCAAAUCAACAGCCAGGGUCUAUGCCACCAGUAGGUUUACAAUCACCAAUAAUAAAUCCAGUAUCAAAUGCUGAUCAAACCAACACUCAUGGGAGUCUCUUACAUCAAAAUAGAUCGAAUUUACUUCCUGGACAGUUUUUACCAAAUCAACAGAUGCCUCCACAUUUACCACCACAGAAUUCUCAAAUGCAAAAUCAAACAGUGCAAGUCAGCAAACAAAGUUUUCUUUUGUCUGGUCCUCCAAACGUCUCACAACAAUCUGUGAAUCCAAUGAUACCACCACAUAUGCCUCCUCCAGUGACUGGAAAAGCAGGAUCUGAACAAAUUUCAACACAGCCAUCUGCAUUACCACCGCAAGUGCAAAGCCCACCUGGUUCUGUAGCUCCCACCUUAUAUCAGACGAAUCAAAUGAACAUGAUGCCUCCUCAGCAAUUUAAUUCAAUGCCUCCUAAAGUAAAUUCUAUGCCUAUGGGACAAACGAUGCAAAACCAACAAGUUUAUGGUUCAAUACCCCCUCAUACUAGUAAUAUGGGACAGGUACCAUUACAACCAGAUCAAAUGGCACAGCCACCUCAAGGAGGUCAACCACUACCAUAUGGAGGUAACAUGAAUCACCCAUAUAAUGUCCAAGCUCAGGCAAAAAAUGCUCAGUAUGUUCAGCCUAGAGGACCAAUGUAUCCAGUGGCAGGCACUGGUAUGAUGCCACCUACACAGCCUGGUUAUGCUCCAGCACCAUAUCCAUCACAAAGUAACCCAUACCAACAACCACAACAGCAAGCCAGGAGAUUGGAUCCAGACCAAAUGCCUAGUCCAAUUCAAGUAACUAAUGAUGAUCAGAAGACGAGGGGUGGUGUUUUUGCCACAGAUCAAAAAGGAGCAGUUCCUCCACUUGUAACAACAAAUUUCAUUGUUCAAGACCAAGGAAAUGCCAGUCCUAGAUAUAUUAGAUCAUCAAUGUAUAAUGUUGCUACAACAUCUGAUAUGAUGAAGCAAACGUCUGUACCUUUCGGUUUAAUUAUUAGUCCAUUUGCUAAAACUUUGGAACAGGAACUUGUUCCACCAAUAGUGAAUCUAGGAGAACUAGGACCAGUCAGAUGUAUUAGAUGUAAAGCAUACAUGUGUCCUUUUAUGCAAUUUAUUGAUUCUGGAAGAAGAUUUCAAUGUUUAUUCUGCAAAGCCACAACGGAAGUUCCAAAUGAGUAUUUUCAACAUCUGGACCAAUAUGGUUUGAGGAUGGAUAGGUAUGAAAGGCCAGAAUUAAUGCUAGGAACUUAUGAAUUUGUUGCUACUAAGGAUUAUUGCCGAAAUAAUCAAUUUCCUAAACCGCCAGCAGUAAUAUUUCUUAUUGAUGUCUCAUACAAUAAUAUAAAAUCUGGAUUAGUAAACCUAUUAUGUUCUGAAAUGAAAAAUAUUAUUAAAAAUUUGCCUACUGAUCAGGGACAAAGCAAAUCUAAUAUGAAAGUUGGAUUCAUCACUUACAAUAACACUGUUCACUUUUAUAAUAUAAAGUCAACAUUAGCCCAGCCUCAAAUGUUAGUAGUGGGUGAUAUCCAAGAAAUGUUUAUGCCUUUGCUGGAUGGGUUUUUAUGUGAUCCCGAGGAAUCAGAUGUGGUUAUUGAUACAUUGAUGCAACAAAUUCCAGCUAUGUUUGCUAGCACAAGAGAAACAGAAACAUUAUUAGCACCUGCCAUAGAAGCCGGAUUAGCAGCUUUGAAGGCCUCAGAAUGUACAGGAAAGUUACUUUUAUUCCAUUCAACUUUGCCUGUGGCUGAUGCACCAGGAAAACUUAAAAAUAGGGAUGAUAGAAAACUUUUAGGAACAGACAAAGAAAAAUCUAUAUUAACCCCACAAUGUAAUGAUUAUACAAAACUUGGUCAAGAGUGUGUUUCUGCAGGUUGCAGUGUUGAUCUGUUUCUCUUUAAUAAUAGUUACAUUGACAUUGCAACAAUUGGUCAGGUGUCCAGAAUAACUGGAGGAGAAGUUUACAAGUAUACUUAUUUUUUGGCGGAUAUGGAUGGACAACGACUUAUUACAGAUAUUGUUCAUAAUAUAUCUAGGCCUGUUGCUUUUGAUGCGAUUAUGAGGGUUCGAACUUCCACUGGAAUUCGACCAACUGAUUUCUUUGGUCACUUUUACAUGCCUAAUACUACAGAUAUGGAAUUAGCAAGCAUAGAUUGUGACAAGGCAAUUGCCAUAGAAAUAAAACAUGAUGAUAAGCUGUCUGAAGAAGAAGGCGUUUAUAUACAGGUUGCACUUUUAUACACAUCUUGUGGUGGUCAAAGACGGUUAAGAAUUAUAAACCUUUCUUUGAAAACUUGUUCUCAAAUGACUGAUUUAUACAGAAGUUGUGAUUUGGAUACAGUAAUCAACUAUUUUGCUAAACAAGCAAUGAUCAAAAUGUUGGAUAGCACUCCUAAAGCAUAUAAAGAGGACUUAGUAAAUCGAUGUGCACAGAUAUUAGCUUGUUAUCGUAAAAAUUGUGCAUCUCCAUCUUCUGCAGGACAACUUAUACUGCCUGAGUGUAUGAAACUUCUUCCAUUGUAUAUGAAUUGCUUACUGAAGAGUGAUGCAUUGUCAGGAGGUGCAGAUAUGACAAUAGAUGAUAGAUCCUUUGUGAUGCAAGCUGUAAUGACUAUGGAUUUGCCUUCAUCGGUAGCUUAUUUCUAUCCACGAUUAAUAUCUUUGCAUGAUUUAUCUAUUCAAGAUACCAACAUACCAUCUCCAAUAAGAUGUUCUAUUGAUAAAAUGACUGAUGAUGGUGCAUAUUUACUAGAAAAUGGUAUUCAUAUGUUCCUUUGGUUGGGACUUGGUUUAAGUCCAGAAUGGGUACAAGCUGUAUUUGGUGUCCCAACUUGUGCACAAAUUGAUACAGAUAAAGUUGCAUUACCAAUUCUUGAGAACCCAAUUUCAGAGCGUGUACGAAAUGUAGUAAAUAAUGUCAGGAAGCAAAGACAUCGCUGCAUGAGACUUACCUUAGUAAGGCAAAGAGAUAAACUAGAGCCUGUUUGCAAGCAUUUCUUAGUGGAAGACCGUGGAACUGAUGGUUCUUCAAGCUAUGUUGAUUUUCUAUGUCAUAUGCACAAGGAAAUUCGCAUGCUUUUGAGCUAACCACUGAUUGUUGUCUUAUGUAUAUAUGUAUAUGUAUAUAAUACAUAUAUGCAUG